AUUUUUAGAAUCGGAUUUUUUUAACUCCUGUCAUUGUCGGCAAAAAUAAAAAUUAAGUCCAGUUUUCUCGUCGUGCACUUUUUACGGGGACUCAAGGAAGUCGCUCCAUUCGAGGCUUGUUGUUGUUAUUUUGAGCUAGCUGUCAGCCGGAGAGCAAACAACCUCUGUUAAACUCAAACGCCACGAUGUCUUCAGACUUUGAAACCUACGAGCAGGACUUUGGGACCAUUACAGCAGAUGUAACUAACAAAAUUGGCAGAAUUCCUAAACUAAGCGGAGAGGAGAAGACACAGCUGGUUCUAAAUGUCGACAAACAGCUUGAAGAAGUCAGAGAGUUGCUGGAGCAGAUGGACCUGGAGGUGCGAGACAUCCCCAUCCAGAGCCGAGCCAUGUACAACAGCCGACUGAAGAGCUACAAGCAGGAGAUGGAGAAGCUGGAGAAGGACUUUAAAAGGUCACGUAUUGCCUACAGUGAUGAGGUGCGCAACGAGCUCCUGGGGGAUGACGCCGGCUCCUCGGAGAACCAGUUGAUAAAGUUACGUGAAGAGAGAGCGCAUCUGUUGGACAACACAGAGAAGCUGGAAAGGUCAUCACGGAGACUGGAGGCCGGGUACCAGAUAGCAGUAGAAACUGAACAAGUGGGACAGGAGAUUCUUUCCAACCUGCACAGCGACCGUGAGAAGAUCCAGAGAGCCAGAGAGAGGCUGAGAGAAACAGAUGCCAACCUGGGCAAGAGUUCUCGCAUCCUUACCGGCAUGCUGAGAAGGUAAGAGCCAGGAUCAUCCAGAACCGCGUCCUGGUCUUCAUCCUCGGAGCCAUCAUCCUCCUCACCAUCAUCCUGGCCAUCUAUUUCAAUCUGCGAGGCCACUGAUCUCCCCCUGUACAAACAUAUAUACACACACACACGCACACACACACACGCACGCCCUCCCCCUCGACACAAAUACAAACACACACACGCGUGAUUAAUAGCGACAAAAGCGUUGUUCUGCUGUAAUUAGGACAAAUGGUCCCCAUGAAUCACUGUUUCCAAAGCCUGACAGGGAGCGUUUUUUUCCCCAUUUCACUCUUCUUUCGUGUUCGCUGUUUCUUUUUUUCUUUCUUCUCUACCUUUUCUCUCUUUUAUUUUAUUUUUUUUCUUCUUCCCCACUUUGCACUUUCUUUUUCUCCCCCAUCUCUCCCAGUCAGGCUCUUUGCUCGCACGCCCAGGGAGCAAACGGAGUUUUUAUGAUAGUUGCUAUAUUUCAUGGAGUCGUCCUCGGCGUGGCGUCGCAGCCCCUCCUGUCCCAGGUGAACUUUUUUUUUUUUUUUUUUUUGUAACUCAGCAGAUUUCAAUUUCCCACUUUUCUGUAGCAGAAGUGGUUUAAGUGUUAUUCAGAAUAUGCGUGUGUGUGCGUGCACAAAAGGCAGCGCGAAGGUGAAGUUCCGCGCACGAGUGACAGCCGUGAACUCGGGGGGGGGGGGGGGCACGUCGAUUGACACAUUGACGCAUAGUUUCACAUACUUGCAGUGUGUAUGAGCUUCUGUGACUAAAUGAUUCAGCUGUUCUUCAUGAAACACACACACCACACACACACAUAGACACACACACACACAGCUCAGAGGACAGUGCCUUUAGAUAAGAUGUGUUCACACUCCUGCUUUAGAAAGGCUCAGCGCAGCCGGAAAUAGGCGCACGGCACCGGUCACUCCAGCUUCCAUUCACGUCAUCAGAGCUGUUUGUCUGCAGCUAUUUGGAACCUUUCAAGAGAAUCGACCAUCAGAAUAUCUUUUCCUUCUUCUCCGACCCCAAUCCUCACAAAUACAGUCGAAAUAAUGGGUCAGCUGUCUACAUUAUGUGGCUCAGCCCCUCCGACGGAACUUUUUAUCGGUUAUUGUAGAAAAAGAAAAGACUCACGGUCUUCAUACUGUGCGUGCUAACACUUCAGUCUUGUGUAGCGUUUUCAUUGCAAGUGAUUCCAUUACUAUUUAUUUAUAAAUGCAAAAGGUCUGAAUUGAAAGUGUCUGUGUUAGUCGCUGUAUAUUUUAUGAUGUUCAGAGUUAUUCAGAAUGACCUUUAAUGACAUGUCUUCUUGAUUCUGUGCAGACUGCACACCCGGACCAACCAGAAACGUGUGGAUUUCGAGGUUUUAGCUUCUGUUUUGUUUUUGUUUUCUCCAUCAUUAAAAGCUUUUAUGUUUCUUUCUUCCGUAAGUGGAUCUAACUUGUUUUAGAACUUGUACCUUUUUUGUUUUUGUUUUUUUUUAUUCUCGAUGUCGGCUUCUGAAGACUGCGGUGCCCCCCCCCCCCCCCCCCCCCGUUUCUGUGUUUAUCUGACGAUGUGAUGCAUUUACAGCUGUUUGAAAAAAAAAAAAAUGUGCAUGCUUCAGUUUACUGCUGUUUAACUGUUCAGGGGAAAGCCAUUCUUCAAAAAAAGGGGGGGGGGGGGUGUCUGAAUUUAAGAGCAUAUUGGGAGGAUUUUCAGAACACACAUUUUCACACACACAUGCAGAUGGAGGAGCACGUGUGUCUUUUGUGGUUAGAGCGACGGUUCCCAGUGAGGACAUUUGCUAUUCUGUUUCAGGGCCAUAGUCUUCAUUUUCGAAGAUGGUGGGGGGAGCCAAACCCACCCCCCCACCACCCCCCGAAACACCCUCCGCUAUUGGCCACUAUCUCACAGGCUUCAAAGCCUCAAAUUAAUAGCCAACAAAAUAGUGCGGCUCCGACCGUCCCACGCGGGGCCGACCCACCAAGACUUAUCAUUAAAGUCA